UCUCUUCUCUACAUCAUCUCUCCAGUUCUCACCCCCCCCUCUACCGGUCUUCAUUCGCAUGUUAUUUGAACUUGCUGUUUCUCCUUCCUUCUCUUCUCAUCUCUUCGCUUCUCUUCUCCACCUCCCCCCCACCUCCCGGUUUAAGUUGGAGCGCGUGAUGAGCGCUCGGGUUGCAGCCGUAGCCGCCCGCGCGCCUCUGGAUCGGUGCAACGGAGCACGCGGACAGCAGCCGAGUCGGGCCGUGAUGUAAAACGCCAAUGGAGUUAGGGAUUUAUGACAGAACAUGGGGAAGAUGAGCGUCCUGUCGCUGUGUUUCCUCUUGUGCGCCGAUCUGCUGGAUUUAGCCUUCGGGUAUUUAACAGUCACAAUAGAGCCCUUACCACCUGUUGUUGUGGGAGAGACGGUGACGCUGAAGUGCAACUUCAAGACCGACGGCAGAUUGCGAGAGAUCGUUUGGUACAGGGUUACAGAUGGAGGCACAAUUAAACAGAAGAUUUUCACAUACGAUGCCAUGUUUAAUACCAACUAUUCCCACAUGGAGGACUACCGCAGGAGAGAAGACCUGGUGUAUCAGUCCACAGUUCGGCUCCCAGAAGUCCGAAUUUCAGACAACGGUCCUUACGAAUGCCACGUGGGCAUCUACGACCGGGCCACCCGGGAAAAAGUGGUCCUAGCAUCAGGGAAUGUCUUUCUCACGGUCAUGUCACCGCCCAACAACAUCUCAGUAGUAGCAGAGAACACACCGGCACCGUUCAGUCGCUACCAAGCCCAGAACCUCACUCUGAUCUGCACUGCCAAAGGAGGCAAACCUGCACCAUCGGUAUAUUUCAAGCGAGAUGGCGAGCUGAUUGAAGUGAUCUCCUAUGUCUCACCCACGGCAGCCGAUGAAGGAGGAGGUUCAGCAGGAGUCCGCAGGGCAAGGCCUCUGAUCAGCAGGGAUAUGGAUGAUACCAAAAUGCAGAAAUCACGGUCUCUGCUUGGACGCCUCUACACAGAGAGUCCGAGACGGAGCUAUGCGGCCCGGCAGGCCCGUUACGAGACCAGUCCAGCUACAGAGGCUAUCCCGGAGACGGUGGUGAGCCGUGAGUUCCCACAUUGGGUGCAGAGCGCCGACCCGGCCUAUUUCUUCAGCAACGCCCACCUCCCACAGAGCGAUGGUUCUGUGACCGUUCAAGCCAAGCUCACGUGGACCCUGAACCCUCAAAUGGACAAUGAUGCCCUGUUCAGCUGUGAGGUUAAACACCCAGCCCUCUCCAUGCCUAUGCAGACUGAGGUCACUUUGGCGGCUCCUAAAGGCCCCAAGCUCACCAUGACCCCUGCCAGGGCGAAGGUAGGAGACACGGUGCGCAUCACAGUGCAAGGAUUCCAGAAUGAGGUGUUCCCCGAGCCGCUGUUUACCUGGACGCGAGUGGGAGGACGUCUGCUGGACGGCAGCAGUGAGAGGGAAGGGAGGGAGCUGGUGCUGGAGCGAGUGCCUGCAGAACUCAACGGGUCCAUGUACCGCUGUACAGCACAGAACCCACUGGGUUCUACUGAUACACACACACGCCUCAUCGUUUUCGAAAACCCAAGCAUGAUGAAACACACACAGAAUCAAAACAAUGGGGGUCCAAGUUUGCACGCGUCCGGACUGAUAUGGCUGCCCCUCGUCCUUGUACUGACUAUCAAACUGAAAUGAGCAUUCGAAUUAAAAACAAUAAGAGGAAAAAAAUAAAUAAAAAAAUAAAACUGCCCACACCCACGUGUCCCUCCACGCUGACCAAGCACACACACUUUCCCACCCUGGCACACUUUGAGACUGUCUUCGGAGGACAUCUGCAACAUUGCCAGGAGGUGCCACGUUCUCUCUCCUUGGGUUUUUUUUGUUCUGUUUUAUUUGUUUUGUAAGAACCUGAUGACGACAUCCGUGGUUACAACUAUAAAAAGCAAAAGAUAUUCCUAAUAGAAGAAGAAGAAGCUCCACCUUCUGUGUUGUCCAUGCUGCGUUUUCGUGUCUCAUCUUAGCCUGUCAAUCAAAAAAAAAAAAAAAAAAAAAAAGAAACAAACCCGGGCUUCGUUCUUCUUUCUGCUGAACUCAUGAUGUCACGGUGGUUGUGGUGGACGGCGAUGCGGACAGGAAAAGACUUAAAAACUGUAAUCGCUGCUCCGCUCGUACAACUACACUGCACUCGAGCACAAACAUCCUCCUUUUGGACGCCUCCUCUUUUUUUUUUUUUUUUUUUUUUUCAUUUUAGCACAGUAUUUUUCCCAUUCUUUUUUCUUUUUUCUUGAAUGGCUCAUGGCUGGAAUGUAUAAAAAAAAAAAAAAAAAGACUCAUAAAAUAAGUCCUGUGAACUGGUGAGAUUUUAUUUGAGAAGUAAAACAGAAGACCCUCUUUUUAAAUGUAUUUUGUGUACAUCCGUGUAAAUACUGAGAGGUAUAUUAAAAAAUAAAAAUAAAAAAAAAAAAAUACAGAAAUUCAGAGAUAUAAAGGGGGUUGAGGGGUGAUGGGUGGGAGAUUAGCAAAGCUUUAUUGCUUACACAUGUUUGGUCAUCCCCAGUUCAGUAACACCAUCAUUGAGGAAUCAUAACCAAGGAAUGGACAGUAAAGAAAAAAGAAAAAAAGAAUGACAGAAAGAAAGAAUUGACUAAAUAGACUUCCCUUGUUCUGAUUUAAUGCUCCCUCAAACCUGUGAUGGCAGGCUUGAAAUAAGAGGAAAACACAUCCUUAACAUAGUGUACGUCUGCCUCUCUUCUCCAGGUUGUGGUGCAUGUGACGUUCGGCGAUUUUCUCCUCCUCUGCGUCUGUUACGGUGGCGGCAUCACGGUGUCGCCUCUCUCCGCUCUCAUCCACCUGUUCUCUUCCUUCCCCCCCUUUUCUUGUUGCAUAAUAUAUUCAGUGACCUGCAUCGUGUACAGUAUGUAACUCUCUCCUAACAGCUACUGCUAGGAUCAUGUUAUUCACCGUUUCUCCCCCAUCCUCCCAUUCCUCUGUUCCUCAAAAGGAGUGUAAACAGGGUUGUUGUAUUUGUUUCAUAUCACCUGUAUUAAAACAUGGAGAUGAUCAACUCAA